AAGGUUUUUUGAGAUGUUCUUCAAAAGCAGUUCUCCCCAGCAAGCCUUUAACAACAUGAAAGAAGCUAUAAGCAAACUUCUACUUAUAACUGAGGUCCUCAGUGAAUCAUCUGCCUCAGGACCAGGCUCUAUCAAUCAAUGCAGCCAAUGUUUUCAAAUGCUGACCUUUGACAUUGGGUUCAGCACCUCCAUACACCCCAUAGUUCUUCAGGUGCAUAAAAAUUUUGACUUUCAAGAUGAGGAGAAAUCAAAUCUUCAGGACCAAACUUUCAAAGAAGCUAUUUUUGAAGAUACUUUUAAAUUUCUAUUGUCUAAUAAGUCCUCAAGUUCCAGUUUCAUAGAAGCUUUACAAAAAAUAUAUGGAUCAACUGUGAGAAAGGAUGGAAUCUUCCUCAAAGAAGAUGGACAAUGUUUGUCUUUAGAGGAGAUAAAUUCAAUGAUGACAUUUGUUAAAGAGGUGAAGAAUCUUGGACAAUUUGAGCUGCUUUACCCUUCUGCUUCACCCAAGAUCCAAACUUUACUGCGUGACCUUUAUCACAUGGUAGACCCAAUGAGACGACUUGGUUCAGUCCUGACUGUACAUUGGUUGCUUUCCAGUUUGCUUGAACAAUUCCAGUUCAUGACCAAGGAGACACAUACAGAUCUUUCAGAAUGGAGAAGGAAGAAGAACUCCAUAAACUCGUCUCCAACUGCAAUGAAAUGGUUACAGCCCAGGAAUUUUUCUCAAGAAAAUGUGAUUCCAAAGCAGAACUUUCAUUUUCGCUUGUGGAAGAAUCAUGAAGCAUUGCGUUAUUCCAGUAAGACUAAAGAAAUUCAGUGCAGUUAUGAUAAAGAUACCCUAUCUCAUAUCAGGCAGAUCUUCACCAGUCCACAGCUGGAGUUGAAUCCUCAGUUUAACCCCAAAAUCAAGGAGUACUAUGCAGAAGUCCCAUUUGACAUGGUGACAGUGAAGAUUGGAGCAGAGCCUUCUAACUGUCAGUGCAAAGUCCACCUUGAUGAGAUGAAAGGACCAAGCAUUGCUAACUACCCACUUGGCCUUGGAUUGAACAAAAUUGUUGUUCUUGUAACAGAUGAUUCGCAUCCCAGUCCUCAGAUUGUGAGCAGCUAUAAAAUCAAAAUUUAUCGAGAGGACCGCCCUAGUCUGCCUUUGUUUGAUGACUAUAUGAUAUGUGGUUUUGUGCAGGUAUUGUUUUUCUUUUCUUUGAUUACACAAAGUAAUAGUGGAUUUUUCUGGUUUCUCUAUAUAGUGUCAGAUUUGGUGAGAUUAGAAUCUGGGCUCUAAUUGCUAUAAUUGUAUGAAAUACAACAUUUACACAAGUUUUUCAGUAUAAAAAGUAAGUACCUGUUACAGUCAGCAUGCAUUUGAGAACUCUAUUUAAUUUAAGGUUAAUUAAUCCUUUCUUCGGUCAGCCAAAGCUUACCCAUUGGAGAGCUUGCAGGAGAAUCAUCUCGGUACUAUGUGAUGGGGCAGACUGGACUUUCUGUACCUGUCUAUCUGUGACACUAGAGCUGUGGAAAUUCUUUUACCACCAAAGAUGUCUAUGACGUUGGCACAUUUAACACUGUUCAGGACAAAUUAUGCUAGAAAAUUUAUGAUUUAAAAGUGUUUACUCUAAAAGCCUAACAGACACAAUGGAAAACAAACAUGCAAAAACACAAAACUGCACAAAGGAAGAGACAAUUUCUGCUUAGAUCCCAUUUAUCCCAACAUAAUUUUAAGUGAUGAAUCAGAUUAAGAAGUUUUUUUUUUUUUUUUUAAUUGUGAAGAAGCAAGCAGUGGAAUUUACAACAAGAACCAAUGAUGUUAUAAAUGUUGAUGGACAAUAAUUAUCUCAAUCUGUCAAUCAGAACUGUCAGAUAAAAUAUAUGUAGCAGUCAUAGCCUACUGACUGCUGAUCUGCCUACCUGAUUGUGAUGAGUCUAGUACCACACUACCCAUUUGUUGACUCUUCUCUCAAAAUUAACUUACAAACUUAAAAGGUCAAGGAACAUCUUUUUGUUCUUCGUACUGGCUCAGUACUAGAUCUAGUAGUUAUUACAGUAAAACAAGCAAUAAUUAAAGCAUGUAAUGCUUAUGAUUUCUGUUCACAUGUACAGCAAUUAAUGAGAUAUCUUGAGUGUGAAUUACGAAGCAGAACUCAGCAUCUAACCUUAUUGAAUUUCAUGCCAUUGAUGAUUGCUCAAUGCUUCACUGUAUCAAAGACCCUCUGAAAGGCUUCUGUCUCUCGAGAGAGCCAGCAACACCUCGCAGUUUGCCAUCAUCAGUGAACACACUGAGGAUGCAUUCUACUCCUGCAUCCAGGUCACCGAUAAAAAUGUUGAACACAACCGGCCCUAGAAUUGAGUCGGUAGUGACAGGCCACCAAUCAGAUGUAACUCCAUUCACUACAUCUCUGUGAGGUCUGCUGUUAAGUCAAUUCAUCAAGUGGCAUGUAGCUGUUCAUGUCACAGUUGGACAAUCUGUCCAGAAGGGUGCUGUGAGGGGCAGUAUCAAAGACCUUACUAGAAUCCAGGACAAUUAUAUCCACUGCCUUUCCUUCCCUUCAUGCACUGAGUGACCUUAUCGGCAGAGGAGAUCAAAUUAUUUAGUCAGGACUUUCUCUUUGUGAACCCAUUUUGAUAUCACUUGAUAAAAGCUUUGUUCUUCAAAUGCCUUUCAACAGCACCGAGGAUAAUUUUGUCCAUAAUUUUUCCAGGGAGUAAGGUCAGGCUAACAGAUCUGUAGUUUCCUGAGUCUUCUCUCAUGCCUUUUGUAGAUGGAUAUAACGCUGGCUAGCUUCCAGGAGAGUAUCAGUAAGCUGAGCACUAGUAGAAAAACACCGUCUUAGAUCAUGUGAGGAAAGCCCCUCUUGUCACCCAAUUUAGAAUGGCAUAUCUAGAUGUAGAAAAAGGAAUUCAACAUCUUGCACAUCCUCCCACACUAGAAUUUACACUGUUGUUAAGGUUUUAUGAUAGCAUUUAUGAGACUAAAUAUGAAUCUUUGAAGCACUGUCAAGGUAAAGAGAUCUAGAAUGAUAAAAAUGAAACGUUUUAGAAGUUACUUUUGAUUGAGGUUAGUUUACUGCUCAUCUAUGAAUAACUGCUCUCUAAUUAAACAUAAUUGUUCAGAGCUAGGGAGGACUCAAGGAGUUUAGAGUAAAAAUGAGAUGAAAAGCAUUCUUGCGGUAUCUAAUGAAAGCUCUGAAGAUACAGUAUGAGAUUCUAAAUUAACAUUUUUUUAGAUAUGUUAAAGGCAAACUUAUCAGAGAGAACAUUUCAAAAACAAAGGCUGGAGCUGGUGAUAGACAUGACAUUCUGAAACACUCAAAAGCCUACUCAUUGUCCUUUUCCCUAUUUCCUACAUCGGUUUCCUGCCUUUUACUUAGAUUGAUGGUUUUUAUCAGUAGAAAGCUCUCUUCUUAAAUAGCAUAAUUACACUCUGCAUUUCAUACCAGUGAACAUCAUGGGCUCUUACAAGGGGGGUUAAGGGGGGGUUAAUACAGCCUGAUCAAUGGCAUGAGUGCUUGUUCUCUUAGUAACAAGACACCUGUUUUAAGAGCAAAAGGAUAAAUACAGCGUGAACUGAUGGAGUCUCCAUUGGACACUUGACUAGGCACAACUGGGAUCACACAUCGGGAGAGAAAGGUCACUAACAGUGGUGUGGUCUUUCUCACAGAAGGCUUCAGUUAAAAUUCUAAUCCAGAGACUUUUUGCCCGACUUUCUUUUAUGUUUAAUCCCAUUAGGAUAUUCAGGUUUCACUGCAAGCUGAUACUAUAAGGAAAGUUACCAUAAAAAGACAGAGUGCGGGAUGUUGUUUCCAUUCUUCUAACAAUUCUCAUGCAGUUGAAUAAUCCUGGAUUAAUAUCAAGGCUAUUGAAUUAAGAAGUGUGUGGUUCCAAGCCUUGCAGCCUCUAAAAGGAAAAAAAAAAGUAUCGUCCUUGAUAGUAGCUGUAAUAUCCUCAUUAAAACCAGAUUAGCUGGGGACAAAUUGUGGCAUCACCAUAGAACCAUCAGUGGCUUUCAUUACCUUUCAUUAUGUAUUCUGUGUUCUGACAGUACUGCUGGUGCUGCAGGUGGAAAGGUUGUUGGUUGGUGCUUUAACUUAGUUUUGCGGAACUGUUGACAGUAUUCAAAAUAAGUGGUCUUGAAAGAGGAGGUGCCAUUUAAUUAUCCUCUAUGAAGCUGCAAUACCAAGACAGAUGUAAGAAAGCAGAAAAAAAGCAGGAUAUCAACAUUACACUCAAGUGAAAGAUUCCAGAGCUACUUACACACACACUGUCAGAAAGAACAGACUAUUUUAUCCAUUCUUGCAGUAGAUUUAAAUAUACCUCAUUUGAAAGGUAUGAAUAUUAUGUCUUUCAUUGCUACUUUUUGUGUAGCUUGGGUCAUUGAUAGUAACUCAUGAUGUGUUUGGGGAACCUUGUUUGGCACUGUGAACAUUUGUAGCUGUCAUACCUUGCUAUCAUGUUGUGUGUAUAUUUUAGUAAUACAGUUAAUGAUUUUGUUUUGCAUUCAUUAUGAGAAAUAACUAGAAUUAUAUUUUUAGCCACAGUGUGUAUCAUCUGCUUUGUAUGUUUGCAUAAAACUUGCAAAAGUACCUUCCAGAGUCAGUCCAGUGCAGUGUGUCUUAAGGAUAUUCAGCCUCUUCUACAGAUUUCUCAGGUCUGAGAGAAA